ACGCGUAUUACAUAUGAUUUGCUGUUUCGUUCCUUUUGCUACUCGGACGAUUCGUCACGAGAAACGAUUUAGCCGAUUUGAAGAUCUCGAAAGGACUAUCGAGAGAUGGCUAUUGAAUCGCGAAAGGAAGUAUGCGCGUAUAACACGUGUAAGUGAAAAGAUAGACUAGAGUCUUAUGGAGAUGUACAGAUAAACGUCUAGGACUGCAGAAUUCCUUAUUGUCGAGGGAUUAAGAAAUAACGAAAUUCCAGAAUUACGUCUUUUCUACGAAAACUCCUAGUCAUUCGUUUUCCCACUUUUUGCGCAGAGACGUUAGUCUUAUUCAAUAAAAGUUUCCGUGUCGAUUAACAGGGAAGAUAUUGGCACGUCCUUGGAAGAAACGAAGCAAACGUAUACAACUAUGCGCUAGUUGGCAAAAUUUCAUUUUAAAUGAAAUCGCCCUAUCGAUACUGCGAAACAACAUUUCCCCCUUUUGCCAAGAGUUAAGGCAAACAGAUCGAUUCGCAUCGGCCGUGUGUCCUUUGGUCCGAUUCCAGAUUCGGUAACCGGUGAUUUUACGUUACGACCGAUUCCACACUAAACGACGACGAUUACCGAUUGACUCGGACACUGGAUAACAGGGAGUUUACGAAUGGAGGGAAAAGUUAAAGAGCCGUGGGGCGCGCGAGGAAUUUAGAAAUUCAGAGAUUCAGAAAUUCCUAGGAAGCGUUACGGCGCUGGAUGUGCCAAUCUGCCGAUAUCGUUAACCUUGAUUCUAUAGCAGGCCGAACAUCGGCCGAUGCAAGACGAUUAUUAAGCUUGAUAGGCGGAUAAUGAUGCAAAAAUGCGUUCGACGUAAAUGGAUUUGGCAUGUGCGAUGGGAGUGGCGAAUAGUUUCGCAGGCGAAAAAGGAGACGGGUGAAAGAAAAAGAGGUAAAAACGAGCGUCACGCGUCGAGCUCGAGGAGGGGGUGAGACGUAUAGACGAGAAGGGAGAGGGGAGAGGGGAGAAUCGUUCGGUUAGUUGAUGUUAUGUGACGGAGAAACGAGAAAGAGAAAGGUAGAUCGGAGAAGAGGAAUAGAAAAGAAGAAAACGACGAAGCAGAGGAAGAAGAAGAGAAAGACGAUGGAAGUGGUGGCAACGACGCCGGCCCUGCCGACGGUGGUGGUGGUGGUUAGCGUUGUCGGUAGAGGUGGUGAACAUCGUCCGAGAACCCGGAGAAGUGAACGUUGACCGUGAUCAGGAGGGUGCAGUGGGGGUUCGAGGUUGUAUGGAGCACGAUGGUGGGGGAAAAGCAUAGUUACCGAGAGGAGCUUAGCCGUUAGGUCGUUGAGUGGUUCGUGGUUGUGCGUGCGUGUGCGUAUGUGUGAGUAUGUGUGCGUAUGUGUGCGUGUGCACGUACAGUGGUGGGUACGCAUGUAUCGGAUACGAGGAAAGGGACGAAGGAGGUACUAACGCGGAGAAGAGUGGGAGAAAGAGGCGACGGAACUGCGCGCCCGCGGCCUCCCACGUCGCGAAUCAUUCCUAGCCGAGUCUUUUCGACGCUCGCGACGCUUCUCCAGUUCCAUUUCCAGAGAGACCGAUCCUUUUCGUUAUUUCGUCUUUAUGCACGCUUGUCCGUAAACGACACGGUUCUCCACGUCGUGACAGCGUGCGCGCUUUCGCUGGCUCCGAGUGGUAUCGACGUUCCAAAAGCUCCCAAUUUCCACGCACGAUUUUCGUUUUCUCUGCUACGUAUACAUACGUACUUCCUAUUUAGCCCUUUUCUGCCUUUCGGUGGAAGUUUCGCCUGUUCGCUUCUCCGUCUCCCAUAUUCGCAGAUUUCUUUAGCCUAGUCACAUCCCCCAAGAGCGGCCGAGAGACACAGGCAAGGAGAAAGCGUAGAAAAAAGUCUGUAAAGAAAGGAGGAGGAUCAGUGCAAGCACGUCUGUUCGUGAGGUCGAUUCGCAAUCGUCGAAAGUAAAACGGUUCGUUGGUUCCCGCCCGACAAGGCUGUGUAGUACACGCGGUUCUCCUAGGAUAUAUACCGAUACGCCACCCACCGUUUGUGUAUGUGCCACUUUGUCUGCACGCGUGUUGGUACCAUACGAUCACGGUUGCGGUGUUCGCACCUUGCAGAAGUGAAUUCGGCGAUUCGGACCGGACAACAGCCGGACCAGCCACUUUAACCGCCUGGCUUGGUCUUCGAUCGAUCGAUCGAUCGGAGAGAAACUAGCUCGUUAGAGCCCCAGAGUAAACGUACACAGAGGCUCAUUUUUAAUACACGAGAUCGAUCGUGAUUUUUAACCAGGAUGUCGCACAAGAUGCUGAGCCAAGGAGCGCCGGUUCACGGGGGCAGCUCACAGAGAACGCCAAUGCGCCCAAUGAUAGCGGAAUACGACCCAAAGAAGCACGGUGUGAAAACAGAACUGUCAGACACGGUUCUUGUCAAAUACAAGUGCGAGAAAAAUGACAUACCGAUUACCGUCACGAACGGCUCGACGUUACCGCUCGUGGAAAGACCGAACGACGAGGAAGCGGCUCUUUACAAUCCGUUCGAGCACAGGAAGUUGGCCCAUCCGACCUCGGAUCUGGAUACGUUGAUACAUCUUUUGAAAGGAAGCUUAGGAACGGGAAUUCUAGCGAUGCCAAUGGCCUUCCGUAACGCCGGUCUGUUGUUCGGCCUGAUCGCUACCUUCUUCAUCGGUGCUGUUUGUACCUACUGCGUUCAUAUUUUGGUCAAAUGCGCUCAUAAUCUAUGCAGGCGGACUCAAACGCCGAGUCUAGGGUUCGCCGAAGUCGCGGAAGCCGCGUUUCUGGUCGGUCCUGAGCCGGUACAGAAAUACGCUCGCCUAGCCAAGGCGACGAUCAAUUCGUUCUUAGUGAUCGACUUGAUAGGCUGCUGCUGCGUGUACAUAGUUUUCAUUUCAACCAACAUCAAGGGGGUGGUCGACUACUAUACGGAGACCGAUCGCGAUGUUCGAUAUUAUAUGGCGGCGCUGUUGCCUUUCUUGAUCGCUUUCUCGCUCGUGAGAAACCUGAAAUUCCUGGCGCCGUUCUCCAUGAUCGCCAACAUAUUGAUCGCCACUGGAAUGGGGAUCACGUUCUACUACAUCUUCAGCGACUUGCCCAGCAUUAGCGAUUUACCCAACUUUUCGAGCUGGUCUCAGUUACCUCUGUUCUUUGGCACGGCCAUCUUCGCUCUCGAAGGCAUCGGUGUGGUGAUGUCUCUCGAGAACAAUAUGAAAACCCCGACGCAUUUCAUCGGUUGCCCAGGUGUGCUCAACACUGGCAUGUUCUGCGUGGUAUUGUUGUACAGCACCGUCGGUUUCUUCGGCUACUGGCGGUACGGCGAGGACACGAAAGCCUCGAUCACUCUGAACCCGGAGCAAAACGAGGUUCUGGCCCAAUCGGCCAAGUUAAUGAUCGCGGUUGCCAUCUUUCUCACCUACGGUCUCCAAUUCUACGUUCCGAUGGAAAUUAUCUGGAAGAACCUGAAACAAUAUUUCAGCUCGAGGAAACUCCUCGGCGAAUACCUAGUCCGUAUCCUGAUGGUGAUCUUCACGGUGGGAGUGGCGAUCGCUAUUCCAAAUCUAGGUCCGUUUAUCUCCUUGGUAGGCGCUGUGUGCCUAUCCACUCUGGGUUUGAUGUUCCCUUCUGUAAUCGAACUGGUCACCGUAUGGGAACAAGAGAACGGUUUAGGGGCAUGCUACUGGAGGCUCUGGAAGAACGUAGCUAUCAUCCUGUUCGGUGUGUUGGGUUUCAUAACCGGAACCUACGUCAGCAUCCAGGAGAUCAUCGAAGAGGACAAAUGAAGCGCCGGGUUCGAAGGAGCUGCGGUGCGACGGAAUAAUCGCUCAGCGCGUACCACAGAUGCCGGCGUGUCGUUGGACACCUUCCGCGCUCUCGUCGAGCGAACUCGUCGUCCGACCGGAGGAACGACGAUUACGACCACCGGGAGGGUGGGUGAUGCUGUCGCAGCUGGAUCAUCCAGCGAAAGGUCAUGCGAGCGCGCGAGCUCUCGACUCGUAGCUUCGUCUCGCUCCUUUUCUAUCGUUUCACUUCACGCUAUUGAUGGCACGACGGCUGUAUCGACGACGAAGACGUUAUCCGUUAGAUAGGAUCCAUCGUCGAUCCUCGGAUCUUGUUUCUCUCUGUUUCUUAUUUCUUUGCUGUAAUCGUGCGCGUGUACCGUCUCUAGAUACUACGAAGAGUUUGCGUAUCGAAUUUCUAUACGAAAAAUUACUUGUACGUAUCUCUUGGAUCUUUACUUUUCCGAGCGUGAGUUUCUCUUUCCUUUGUUUCUUUUUUACUUUUUUUUUUAAUGAAAAUUCAGUUCCUUCCAGUUCAAAAUUCAGUUCCUUGUGACGAUAACGAUAAUACAGGAAAAAUGCAAAGAGUAGAGAUACGCAAAUUUCUUUCACGCGCAAAGCAAUGUUAAUUAAGCAAAGAGAAUCCUCACCACUGCUUCGCCACUUUCCAUGCGACCCGCGUAACCGAUGUACAACGCGUACGACAUAAGCGCGUGGCUAGAUAUUAUAGAAAAUUCGAUCGAUCUUGAGCGAUUUACGUCAGAAUCGUCGCUACUGACGUCGGGCUGUACAACACCGUACGCCAAAUAAUGUACGGUAAGAAUCAUUAAUGCGGUAUGUUGACCUUUACGUAGGCGGUUCGAUAUGUUCUAUUACGCAACAACUCUGCGAAUAAAUGAAAUUUUCAUAUUAUAUCUUUCAAAUUGUCAAAUUCUCAGUUUCAACUUUCCACUUGUUCGAUCUUUCAUUUCGUAUCCUUCGAGUUUCUGAAUUUCGAAAUUUUCACACAGUUAGAUUGGCAAAUUUCCCAAAUUUUCCAAAAUUUAUUUCACUUCGUGCGACAUCAAUGAUUUUUACCGCGCAUCCCUAUACAUUCGAGCGAUUAACCGAGCAAAGUCAAUAGCACAACGUGGCUCGGAGUACCCGGAUCCACGACACGCGGGAUCCGUGAGAAUUAUUGAGACGAGUAUCAUCAAGUACGUGGAUAGAGGCGCCCAUUUUCCUCUCCUCAUUUCUCUCCUUCUCUACCCCCCCUCUCUCUCUCUCUCCUCCCCUUUCCCUCUCUUUCUCUUUUAUUAUUUAUUCGCGUUGCGUCGAUCGUGCGCACGACGAAGCUUUACCAUCGACUUGACACAACUGCGGGACGGUUUCUUUUUAUCGUUUUUAGUAGCUUACGUACGUAUUACGUACGAGUAUAGAUACGUAAAUUAUACUUAAGCGUCAUUUUUACAUACGAACAAGAACCGUUCACGUUUUAUAUUUCUUUUCUUUCUUCUUUCGCAUUAACGUGCGUUCGUUCGUUCAAUUUCGCCGUGACAAAAGAGCGAUCUGUAAGAUAAAGAGGUUUCCGAGGCCGAUCAUCGAUCGAAACUAUUUUAUAGCUGAUAAUGAGAAAUUAUCUUCUUAUCGUAGAGCUUGCUAAUCACAUUCAAAAAUCAGAACAGAACACAACGGAACACAAUAGAACACAACAGAAUAAAACGGAACAGAAUAGAACAGAGUAAAACGGAACAGAGCAGAGCAGACCAGAACAGAACGGAAUAGAACAGAAUAGAACACAACAGAAUCAGUUACUAUCGAUCAUUAACAAUUUUUAAUGCACGAAGAUAAUAAAUCAUUGAACCGAAAUAGAAGAUUGAUCGAUUUAACACCGCCGGAAAUCGCCAAUCUGUUCCUAGUGCACAUUGCACAAAAAGAGACGAAAGAAAACGUACAAAAAGUGUUUAUUAAUUAAGAGUAAGAAACGUAAUGGCACGUAGGUGUGAUAAUAUGGCGACAUGCACGCUUGCUAGUUUGUAAGAAGUUUAACGAGAGACGCCGACAUUUACGCGUUGCGCGUCGUCAUCCGAGAUUAGGAUUGGAUUUUGGAUCUUUGACUUGGCAUCGAAAAGAUUAAAUCCGAACUAAUCGAAACGCCCAUUUCGAUCACCAAGGUGAAUUCACAACAAAUACGCUGAAUAGACGCGUAAUAUCGAUUUGUCGAAUCGUGUCGCAGUCUUAGAGAACAUCUUCGACGAUACAAAUCUCGUGAAAAUCUCAAAGAAGAUCGUUCGUUCUAUCGGAAAGGAAUAAUCGUCAGAGCUGGACGAAUACUUCGCAGGACAAUAAAAGUGAACUUUUUUAUUAACGACAAAUGAAAAUGAUAAUCUUUUCGAAGAAUAGUACAAAGACUAAAUAGAAUGCGUAACAAUCCGUUUCUCACUCUCGUUUCCGUAUUCGAUUCGAAAUUAAUUCAUAGAAUUUUUGGAUCGUUCGUCGUUUGGAUCUGAGAUCCGAGAUCGCACGAUCCACUCGACGAGCAAGGGAUCUUGACGAAAUUAAAACCGCCAAUUUGAGCUUUAUAUUUUCUUGAAGAGCUAUUUUUAUUCAAAGAGUAAUACGCUUCGUGAUACGUGUCGCACAGCGACAGAUCGUGAGGGCACGAUCGUUCAUCGUUUCGACUAUUUUCGAUCGCCGUCCGCGCCAUUUUUCUCCUUCGUACUUCGAAGGCACGCGAUACUGUCUUUUUAGUGCCUUGAUUCUUUCGCCUCGCGGAAAUCGUAGGAUGUAAGACUGGAUUUUGUGCAGAAUGUGUGACGAAAGUUGUUAUAGAUUAAUAUCGCUGCGAGUAAAUUUGUUUUUCUUACAGUGUCAAGCUUAUUAGACCAUGACAACUUUAGCGAUGUAUUCUGCGCGUUAAACGAGAAUCUAAAUCUCGUCGUGUUCUGUUUCGAUCUUGGAACGAUUUAUUAAGUGAUUCUUCAACCGCAACAAUGUAUUUUAUACGAGAAGAAACGACGUAGAAAGACACAAUUCAUCGAGAAUAGAAUAACCAAUGCACGGUAGUUAUUGCCAUUUUCGGAAAAAUGUUCGUAUCUGGUGUACGCGUUUCAUUCGGAACAGGGUAGAAACGAACUGUUCCUCUUACUUUCUCGAGCCACGGAAAACUGCUGAAUUUUGCCAAACUUCGUCCAUGUUUCGUCAUUUUCUGUACUCUUCCAUUCUUUUUCCAUCGAGAGUCUUUGUUGUCUUUUUCCUUUUUUUUUUUUUCUACACAUAUGCGUGUACGUAUGAUAUUUUGUACACGAUAGCACACGCGAAUAGUUCGGGGUAGUUGUACCGUAAUUUUAAAGCCAAGAAAAUUCUGUCGUAACGAGGACUCCAUAGACUCUAGGUAGGAUCGUGAUUUAUCCAACGUAUUUAAGAGACGAGAAAUUACAGACAUGUAUAGAUAUACCGUUCCGCCGCUUUUUUUUACCUCGGACUUCCAUGAUGAAUCGCGCGUCUUUGUGGCAAUGGUUGCCGCGCAGAGGAUGUCGUUUCACGUGCACGCGUGUUUCGUGCAUGCCGUCAAUUUUUGUCGGUCAUUGUACCAAACAAUGUUAUGAAUAUUUAAUACACAACGAUUUGCAAAAGAA